GGCCAUCAACCGAAUCCUUGGUUGGUUUUGUGUUCAAAUCAGUGAUAAGAAAGUGGCGGAGUCAUCGGAAGGCAGACAACUACGACGGAAUUGUGGUGGCGGUGGUGGUGUCAGCCUCCUCCGGCCGUCGCAUGAUUCCCAUCACUUGCCACCUUUACUCACCCUCUACAUUUCCACCCCAUCUUGAAACAAAAAACUGGUAUCUUGGCACCAUGUUAGCAUCAGUCUUGAAAACAACCACUUUGAUUUGCAAAUCGAUGGACCAACUCAAGCAAAUUCACUUGCAAACCAUCGUAAAAGGUGUAAACCUUGAUCCUUAUGUAUGCUUCAAAAUUAUUGCCUCCUUUUGUGGUGGUCGAGAUCGGGGCAGUGUCGAUUACGCACGCCAAGUGUUCGACAAAAUUCCUGAACCAAAAGUUUUCCUUUGGAAUAUGAUGAUCAAGGGCUACUCGAGCACGAGCUCUACCGGAAAUGCCAUUGCUUUGUACAUAGAAAUGUUGAGGAGGAAUGUGAAGCCUGAUAACUACACGUUUCCGUUUCUGCUAAAGGGGUUUACGCGAUCGGUGGGUUUGGAAAUCGGGAAGGGGAUCCAUUGUCAUGUGUGUAAGUCUGGGUUCGGGUUCGGUUCUAAUGCGGCUGUCGACACGUCGUUGAUACACAUGUACUCGUUAUGUGGGAAUGUCGAUGAUGCUAGACAGGUUUUCGAUACAAGUUCGAAAAGUGAUGUCAUCGCUUGGAAUAUUAUGAUUGCGGGAUAUAAUAGAAGCAAACUCUUCGAUGAAUCGAGAAGGGUUUUUCGUGAAAUGGAGGCGAGACGAGUUGUACCGACUUCCGUCACUCUUGUUUCGAUGCUAUCGGCUUGCUCAAAGUUAAAGGACAGUGAUGGUUGCAAGCAUGUCCAUAGGUACGUCAAGGACGGGAGGGUCGAGACGAAUGUGGUGUUGAAUAAUGCUUUAAUCGAUACGUAUGCAGCCUGUGGGGAAAUGGAUGCUGCAUUGGUGGUUUUCGAUAAGAUGAAAACAAGGGAUGUUAUUUCUUGGACUGUGGUUUUAUCUGGAUUUUUGAAUGCCGGAAAACUCGACGUAGCUCGUGAGUUUUUCGACCAGAUGCCGGAGAGGGAUUCGGUUUCGUGGACAGCGAUGAUUGAUGGGUACGUAAGGCAAAAUCGGUUCAAGGAAGGUUUGAUGCUUUUCAAGAAUAUGCAGGAUGCGAAAGUCGAACCCGAUGAGUUCACGAUCGUUAGCGUUCUGACCGCGUGUGCUAACACGAACGCCCUCGACCUAGGGGAGUGGAUUAACGUUAGCAUCGACAAGAACGAAGACAAGAUCAAGAACGAUGUUUUUGUCAGAAAUGCUCUUAUAGAUAUGUAUUUCAAAUGUGGAGAAGUACGUAAAGCAGUGGAUGUGUUCGAGAAAAUGCCCGUAAGAGAUAAGUUCAGUUGGACUUGUGUAAUUAACGGUUACGCUAUCAAUGGAUUCGGAAACGAAGCUAUCGAUAUGUUCAAUAAGAUGAUGAACGCAUCGAUAAAACCAGAUGAGAUUUGUUACCUUGGUGUUCUCUGUGCUUGUACCCACACCGGUAUGGUGGAAGAAGGCCGAAAGUUCUUUGCUAGCAUGACCAUCGACCAUGGGCUCGAGCCAGAGGUUGAACACUAUGGGUGCAUGGUUGAUCUUCUGGGUCGAGCCGGAUUGUUGGCCGAAGCUUAUAACACCAUAAUCACGAUGCCGAUGGCGCCAAAUUCAGUCGUUUGGCGUGCUCUUCUCGGUGGCUGCGGAAUCCAUAAAGACGUUUUUUUGGCUGAAAUAGCAGCCAAGAAACUUAUUGAAUUAGAUCCCGAAAAUGGUGGAGGGUAUGCAUUAUUAUGCAACAUAUAUGCAGGUUCCAACAGAUGGGAAGAUUUACGGGAAGUAAGAACGAUGAUGAUGAAUAGAGGAGUAACGAAAACCCUAGGUUGUAGUUCGAUAGAGAUUUAUGGAACUAUUCAUGAAUUUGUGGCACAGGAUAGAUCACAUUUUCUAUGGAUGGAGAUAUACUCGAUGGUGGAGAUGACGAUGGAAGUUUUGAGAGUUUCUGGGUAUACGCCUCAGACGAACGAAACGUUUCUUGACAUGGUAGAGUAGGGAAUAUGGAUAUAAUGUCGAUAAAGAAGCUGUUGUAGUGUAAUUAACUAGAAUAUGGUUUUCAUAGGACACCAAAGAUGUGUGAAUGUUUUAAUAAACUGCUU